AUGCCAACGCCUGACAGGAAUUGUCCCAGCUGCAAGGAGGUAUUGCAGUACAGGAAAGACAAACGUUCCUCCUCUUUCCUCGUUUCUCUAUCUCUACUUCACGGGGUCGCACCUUCCUUUUAUCCAGAAAGGGAACUCAGCUGGGGGCCUUCUGUUCCUUUUAGAUGUAAUGAAGUCGCCUUAAUGGAGGUGGUCCCUUGCCCGUGGAAUCCCCGCAAACACACCGAGCAGCAGCUCCUCGAGGCCGAGGCUAACGUGUUUACCCUCGUUCAGAAGCUUAAUGAGGCCAUCCGAGUGAGCAAACGGCUUGCUGGGGAGAAGGCGCAACUCAUGAUGGAACUCCGAGCUGAGAGGGGCCGCAGCAGCGCAAGCAUUGCCAGCGACGAGAUGUUGCUCAUUGCUGCGACGUUCAAGAGGUACCAGGCUGAAGCGGAUGCUGCCAAGGAGACAGCUACAGCGGGGCAACGAUGCAUCGAGGUGCUGGAGAGUGAACGGGAGCGUCUUGAGGCCGAUCUGGCCGCAGCAGAGCAACAACGGAAGGCUUUGGCUGCAACAGAAGCGCGACUGCGCCUGGAGACUAAAGAAGAAAAAGAGCAGAGGACAGUAGCAGAGAGACGUCUUAUAGAGGUAGAGGGGCGAGCGGGGGCCCUCCAACAAGCCAUGUCGUUGCUGGAGGCACAGGCUGCUGCUGCUGCAGCUGAGCACCAAGAGGAGAAGCAGCAACGCCUUCAGAAUGCCUUGUCGGAGCUCGCUGCUACCCAGGCCCAGCUGGAUAGCUUAAAGGAGAGACUAGUCGACACAGCAGCCAUUGAGGUUCUUGCACAGGAAGCUCGAGCGAGAGCAAAGGAAUUGGAGGGGUUGCUGCAGCAAUGCGUGGUGCGUAUCGCUGCUACGGAGGAGCAGCUACAGAAGCAGCAGCAACAACAUUUGCAGCAGCAUCAACAGCAGGAGAGCCUGCUUCAGUCAUUGCGGGAAGAGGCAGAGGCCCUCAAGCUGCGGUGUGCUGCAGCAGAACUGCAGGCACUGACAGAAGAGAAAGAAAGGCAGAAAGAAGCGCAAGACCUGCGGAACCAGCUGCAUGGCGCUAAGCAGCGCGCAGCUGCUCUGGAAGAGGCUCUUUCGCAACAUGGAAACAGCGCAACGUGCAGUUCCGGAGCAUCUCCUCCGAUGGGAUCCCCCAACACAGGCCGCAGCAGCCCGCAUAGCAGAAGAUACAGCGACAACUUGCAGAAAGCUCGAAAGUCUGCCGAUGCAGCGCUGGCUAGAGCUGUGGUGUACGUUCACCGCAGCAAGCUUGGAAGCGACAAGGAGAGCCGGAUUACAGUGCCACGAAAGGGGGAUUUCACCGAAUCGCUUGUAGAUCCAGAUAAACUCAGUGAGGGAGCAACGGACCCGACGGGACGUGAGUAUGCAGCAGCAUCUCCACCUGCAACAGCAGCUGCUGCUAUACUAGCAUAUGCGGCAGCAAAGUGCAAUUCUGUAAUUGUGCGUGUGGCUGAAUCUUUGCAGGAAAUGUUCUCACCUCCCGGCAGUCUUCUUGGAGCUCAGAGGAAGGCGCUGUAA